AACGGACGCCGCAGCCUCUCCUCCCCGUUCUCCGCCUCCGCGUCUUGCUAUCCCCUCCCCAUGUUCGCCCACCCGUCCUCCAAACCCUAGCCCUAGUUCUUUUGCCCCAACGCAUUGAGAACCCUCGGCGCCGGCCGAUGGGGAGGAGGAAGGAGCGCCGCCUGGCUGCCAAGGCCGCGGCGGGCCGCAGGGUGAAGCUCGACCUCUUCAUUGACCCCUCCCCCGUGGAGGCAUCGCUGAAAGAGGGAAUAGGAGGUGAAAACCGUGACCAACAGACCGUGGUUCCCACUUCACCAUCUUCUUCAGAUAAGAAGGAGAAUCCUAUAGCAUUGCUUGGGCAGUAUAGUGAUGAUGAAGAAGAGGAUGAGGAAGCAGCAGAUCUACCCACUGGUGAAACUAAGGGGAGUCCAAGAGAUGCAAGUGCUCAGGUAACCCACAAGCAUGGUGACACAACUGCUGGUAAAGGUGAUGCAAAUGCUGAACUGUCAGUUUCUGUUGAUCAGCAAGAAGCACCUCAAGCUGGUGACAUUAAGAACUACACCCAAAGUGUUGCUGAAGAAAAUAUUAUUGCUCCUGAGACAACUCUGGAAAACGAGAGUGCAAGAGCAGCUGAACCUAUUCCUGAUUCAUCCAGCAUGCAAAUUGUUGGUGACAUUGGCGGGAAUUGGAAAGCAGUAAUGCAUGAACAGAGUAAUCAGUGUUAUUACUGGAACACAGUUACUGGAGAAACUUCUUGGGAGAUACCUAUUGGAUUUACUUCGGGAGUUGCAUCUGGAGUCGCAUCUACAUCUGUUACUACACAUAUGGACUAUUCAAUAGAAUCUCAAGCACAUGUCCUUCCCCACAACACUUUAGAAGCAUAUCCAAUUGAUGCAUCUAUUGGGAAUGGCACAACAACUUAUGCUCAUUUUGGAAUGGAAUGUGGAAGUGCACAGAUUACUCAAGAUGCUUAUGCGUAUACAGAACCUGUCGCGAGUCAUGAGUCUAUGGACAUCGAUCCCUUGCUUCUUGCAAAAUAUGGUGAGGAUUUGCUGCAGAGAUUGAAGCUGCUGGAAAGGCCCCAUGGCUCCAAUGAAGGUCUUGAAUUGAUAAGGAGAGAAAUUGGGAUACGAAUCUCAGACUGCAAUGCACUCUCGUCAUAUGGAUCUUCUUUGCUCCCGUUGUGGUUACAUGCUGAAGUUCACCUUAAGCAACUAGACUCUUCCAUUUCCAAGUUGGAAACUAGCUAUUGUACAGAUACAGAACCUAGACAUUCGAAGACAGAGGUUGUUGAAGACAAGACACCUAAUGAAGCUGACAUGAUUGCACCCUCCAAUGGUGAGGAUUUGAACUCUGAGGUUAGCGCUGGGGUUACUAUUGAUGAAAAUGUUAAGAUUGAGGAGCCAGCUUCAACAUCAUCUGCUCAAAAUUCACAAGAUAGGGAUACUGCAGCAGUUCCUUCAAAAGUUGAAUCUGACAAUGAAGAUAUGGAUGUCGAAAUGCAAGUUGAUGAUGACAAUGUUGAAGAGCAGGUGCAUUCAAAUUCCGUACCUAUUAAGGAACAUCCUCCAUCAGAACAAGUAAAUUCACCAAAUUUGCCAUCAUUGGAAGGUCCAGCUCCUCCUGAGGAUAAUGAUGUUCCUCCGCCACCACCAGAAGAAGAAUGGAUUCCACCUCCACCACCAGAUAAUGAACCAGCUCCUCCACCUCCUCCAGAAGAGCCAGUUGCAUCAUAUGUUCUAGCUGAUACAAUUCCUCAGCCAUAUAUAGGUCAAGCAAAUGUGGGCUAUACACUUUCAGGAAUGGAAUACUGUUCUGCUGGAGGUACAGAGGAUACAAAUGCCAAUUACUAUAUGCAAAUGAGUGAGCCUCAUGUCCUUCAAGUGCAGCAGCAUUCUUAUUAUGCACCAGUAUCUGUAAGCAGCAUAUCUGUUCCUGUUGAUGGAACAUCUAUUGCCCCACAAUCUUACUAUACCUAUCCAUCAAUCACUAUGGCUGCUAGUGGAGUAGCACCUGAACAUUCUGGAUAUUGUGCUUCAUCAUUCUCUGCCAUUUCUAGCAGUGCAGUAGAUAUCAAAACAAGCUCAGCCUCGCUUGUUUCAGCAAAUAGUAAUUCAGAUCCCACCGGGUCUGAUAAAGUUAUAUCCAAGGAUGCAAGUGUUACGCCUUUGAGCCAAGCUGUAGUAGCAACAUCAGCUGUAGGAACAUCAUCCAUGCCCGGAAGCUCUACACAGGCUUCUACUAGUACCACAAAUCAGACCAAAGUUAUUUGUAGCAAGAAGCGACCUGUUGCUGUUACAUCAUCUCUGAGGUCUAAUAAGAAGGUUUCAAGUCUGGUGGAUAAGUGGAAAGCAGCAAAAGAGGAGCUUCGUGAUGAAGAGGAAGAACCUGAAAGUGCUUUGGAGGCACUAGAAAGGAAGCGUCAGAAGGAAAUAAAGGAAUGGCGGAAACAACAGAUAGCUAGUGGAGAAGCUCAAGAAAAUGCCAAUUUUGUUCCCAUCCGUGGUGACUGGCGUGACCGCGUGAAACGCAGAAGAGCAGAAGCAAAUAAAGAGUCAAAAAAUGAGUUUAUUGCUGCAUCACGAAGUAGUGCCGAACAGCAUAAAGGGCCGCCUGAUCUUGCAGAGCUCUCCAAGGGUCUUCCUUCUGGUUGGCAGGCAUACUUGGAUGAGUCUACCAAGCAGGUCUACUACGGGAACAGCCUCACGUCGGAGACAGCCUGGGAGCGGCCAACCAAAUGAAGAUAGGACUGGUUGGAUCAUGUGGCGGCUGCUGUUCGAUUGACCACCCAGUUUUUAUUGUAGAUAUCCUUUUGUUGAAUGAAUCUUCAAAGAGGAACAAAAGCGCCAAGCAUGUUCCGAGAAGCAUUAUGGAAAGUAGAGUUUUAGUUA